AUGGCGGAUGGGGGCGCGGGCGCGGUUGCUGAGGGGGCGGGCGAGUCAGCUGCACGAGGCGCUGCGCUGGAACGGGCGUACGUGCACGACGUCUACGAGCAAGCAGGAGAUGACGGAGACGAGAGCUCGCGAGCGCCCGCGCCUGGCGUGCAGGCCUUCCUCUCUGAACUCGAGCCCGGCAGCCUUGUUUGUGAUGUCGGAUGUGGAAACGGAAAAUACCUUAGCGUAAAUCCGUCCGUGUACACUGUAGGAGGGGACCGGUGUACCCGGCUCACUACGCAAGCGCGACAUCACAACAAUGAGGUGGUUGCGUGCGAUAACUUGUGCCUACCGUUCCGCGAUGAGUCCUUCGACGCGGUCCUAUCCAUCGCCGUCGUUCACCACUUCGCCACGGUGGAGAGGCGAGCGAUGGCGCUACGGGAGCUGGCUAGAGUCACCCGGAUAGGUGGAAGAUUACUUCUCACUGUCUGGGCUAUGGAACAUGAGGGUCGCAACUUCCAUUCACAGGAUGUGCUGAUCCCUUGGCAUCGACCAGUCACGCUGUGCCCGCCAACACCAGCUCCAAGAUUUCUGUCUGUUGACAAUGAACAUAACGCUGAGCCUUGGAAAAGUCGGGAUGGUUCUCCAGGAUCAUCAUCACUUUCCUCACCCAACGAGACGUGCUACUCAUUCGUGAGAAGAGCACUACAACGAUUGGCGGGACGGAGAUCUUUCCUACCAUCAUGGAGUAUCGGGGCUCGGGUACCACAACGACCUUGCCUACGGCCCGAACCACCCGCAGCUGACCUACCUAUUGAGCUACGACGCCUGGAUGAAGCACUCCCUCCUAGAUUAAUCACACAAAACUCAGACGCGUCAACGAUUAAGUCAAGAAGUUUGACAGACAUCGCUGAUAUAGAGAGGCGAGCGCUAGUCCGAUCUAGAUCUAGCUUACCUAGUUUGGGUGGCGAGGAAACCGAACCACCGCCAGCAGCAAUUCCAGUGCCAGAGAUCAAUGAACCUCGGAAGAAACCUCGGCUUGUAAAACAAAAGAAGUCGAUUAAUGAAGACGAUGCCGAGGAAGAUCUCGAUAAACCCACCGACAUGAAAAGUAUGGUAGAAGAAAUGCCAAACUUUAAAAUACAUACGCCUAGGUUACAAUCAAGUAAAAAACCGGGCGUAUUCAAACAAACUUCCCUCAACGAGGAAUUGAUGUCAGUUGAGCGGUUAAGAGAAAAGGAAAGGUUGAGGAAAAAUAUUCAGAAACAGGCCUCACUGAAUGAAGAGUACCUUUAUCGGAGACCCGGAGUUUUAGACUCCAUCCGGGACUCAAUAUUUUCCACUUCCGCGACAACUGGCAAAAAAUUCCAGUCACUAAAAAACGGCCUCACUAGCAAAUUCAAAACGUCUACAACGAAUAUAGAUAAGGUUACUGUGUUUGUAAGAAUGCUCCAGGGUUGGAAAAAUCACGGACCUGCACCAGAAGUUCCUACGCCAAGCGACAAUAAUACUGGAAGUGACAAAACCUACCCUGAACGAAGACAUUCCAAAGAAGAUGGGUCUGAUUCAUCAAAAGACAGCAGUCUUCAAAGCGACACCAGUGUAGAUUCCGAAGACAGUUUUGCGUCUGUAAUCUACGUCCCAAAAGCAGAUGGAUCGGGCGAUCCACUAUCACCCACACCAUUAUCGCCUGGACCCACUUCACCAAGACUAAAAGUAUCUUCGGUUCCCACGUCACCUCGAAUGAAAAGCUCUCCAGGCUUGCCAUCGCCUAGAAUCAAACAAGCUUUUCCUUUGAUAAGACCUCCAGCCUCGCCAAAUUCUGUACAGGCACCAACCACAGUUAACAAAAUUUUAGUAGCUCAGUAUAGUUUAAAGAACUACUCUACUACUACCUCUGUGGCAACAGUUCCUCUAAAGCCACAGUCUAAAAGUCAGCCUAACUCUCCGCCUAAGUCAGAAUCCGAUGAUACUACAAUAGCAAAACCGGAACCACUACCAAUCCUAAGUAACAACACCUCCAUUGAUGUCUUUGAAGAAAUCGAUCCCAUACCUCCUAUUAAGGAAGAAGAGGAAACUCCAACGAGUGACGUAACUAAAGAGUUACUUGCAGAAAUUAAACGACAUCGAAGAAAUACAUAAAUUGACAGCCGAGACCAACAAAUUUCAACCACGGGUAGUAUUACAAGACGUCAAACCCUAUCCGAAAAUUACAUUACAAACUGUCGCAGAAUUACCAGAAAUACCACAAUAUAGGCCGAAAGAAACAAAUAAAUCAAGCACCGACACCUUAGACUCAAGAUCAGCUGAUCGUAAGCGAAAAGAACGGAUACGACAGAUAAAAGAAAUGCUGAACAAAGGAAUACCAUCUGGAAGUAUAAGCAGAAGACCUCCGUUCCCAAUAGUUCGAGGAUCUAGAAACGCGGAGCCAAUAGUAAAAAGCCGGCCCACACUCAUGUCUCUCGAACUAUUCAACCCAGCAACAGAUGACAUGGAUAGCGACUCCAGCGGCGUUUCUUCUCCAGACUCUGUCGACAGCGUCAUAAGUGUGGUACCUGAAGAACUAAAGAAAACUGCUUUAGAAAAAGAUUUACCUAAUCCCACACCUGAGGUGAAGGAAGAGCCAUCUUCUGAUAAACUUCCUCUACCACCAUCAUUGGGUCCACAGAGUCUUAUCGAAGCUGCAGCCGAAGUCGCACACUCUUUGGAUGAAACUUGCGAAACUGUCAUCCAAAGCAGUCCAAGGUCAAAGAGAAGGCAUUUAGAAAAGCUUGAAAGUGCCGAAGCAAUGGCGAUUGUACAGGGGGCUUCCAGUAGCAGCAGCAGUAGUAACUGGAGCUUAAACAAAUUGUCGCCUGGAGACUUAAGGAUAUUGGAAUCAAGAUCCCAAUCCCAUACAAGCUCAAGUGGAAGCUCUUCCAGCCUGGAACGACUUUCUCCAGGGAGAAGGUCUAAAGAUCGCUCUCCAAAAUUAGGCAGCACCAGUAAUUCCACUUGGAGCUUGAAUAGACUAUCACCGAACAGACCAGAAGGCCGAUCCUUAGACGAAAACCUCGGUAAAACACAUAGAAGUCCGACUAGAUUACCAUACGAUUCCAUCUCAAUAUCGAGCACAGAUUCUGACAAAUCAAUAUCCAAGUCAGAAAGCUUUAAUAGAAUACAAGCUAAUGAGCCCCUUGUAACCUGUAAAUCUGACAUGAUUGCUACUGAGGAAGAAUGGUCAGAUCAACAAGACCGCAGUCAACACUUAACUGAAUUCGCAGAAAAGUUAAGUGAAAAAUUACUGCAAGAAAUAGAUCAAUAUUCUAAACGAAUAAAUGAAGAAGAUUUUGAUCUACCCAGUAGCAGCAGCAGUGAAAAGAGCAUCUCACUGAGAUUAAAGAGAGAGGAAGAAGACCGAAACACGCAAAAAAUAUUAGAUGAAUUAUCGGAUAGUCUGCAACACCUAGAAGAUCCGUACAUUCAUAAAAUAAGCACAGAAAUGCAGGGUCUUAAUAAAUUAAGUGCAGAAUUACAGGAGAGAAACAAAUACAUUGCUUCCUUAAAUGAGGUUCAAGAAACCGACAUUAGCAAGCUUUUCCCUAAAUGCAUCUCUAAGACCAAAAGCAAGAAGAGAUCCAAAGACGUCGACCCCAUCAUCAACAAAUACAGGGAAUUAAAGAAGUCAAUGAAGGUUUCAAGUGAAGAGGACAUUUACCUCAACAAUUGUGCCAACGUCCAAUACACGAAACCAGUAUUGACUGAAAAACUACCGGACAUUGACGCUAAAAAUCCAGACGACGAUAGUGCAAUAUCGUCAAGUAACGGCAAUCCCGAAAUAACGAUCGACUCGGGAGCGUCAUACGAUACGAGUCAAUCUCUAGAGACCGGAUACUCAUUAGAAUCCGAAAUUAGUGUUGACUCGUUAUGCACCAGCACCGACAAGAGAUCGUCUCUGAAAGUCGGUCAAUCGACGGAUUCAAGUGACUUGGACAAGAUGGAGAUAAGUCCUGAAUCCGUAACAUCUCGCUCAAGUGCCAGUACAGCUCCAUUAAAAUCUGGAUUCUCGAUAGAAUCCAGCGACACAUCGGCAGGAAGUGACUGGAGCCGACGUGACAAAACGGGCAGCACAGCAUCUCUCGGCUGCGCCAGCCUCGCAUCCCUACCUUCAUACAGCGAGUGCUCUAAAGACAGGAAACUGUUAGAGACUCGCUCAUCAUCAGAAGAUACCGCUCCAGUUCCUGCUAUGCCACCUCCUCGUGCCUUCCCGCACGCACCGCUAUUGCCCUCCUUGAGCGAUGGGUCAGACAGCCUGCCUUCGGAAGGAGGAGCAGUCACCUACCAUCGCUACUACCACGUCUUCAAGCGUGGAGAACUAGACCAGCUGAUCGAGAAGUACGUGGAAAGUCUCCACGUGGUGUCUUCGUACUACGAUCAAGCCAGCUGGUGUGUUAUAGCAGAGAAAGUGCAAGUGUGGACCAUUUAA